AUGGCAUACCUAGCAUCUAUCCAUCGGCCCAGCAGCGUCCGGCACGCGCUGAAGCUGAACUUCCUCAGCCCCGACGAUGACACUCUCGUGGUGGCCAAGGCCAAUCGACUAGAAUUCUAUGCCCAGCAAGAGGAUGGCCUGGUACUGCAGCACUCAAAGGCCAUCUACGGCAAGGUCAUUAUGCUACAGAGCAUUCGUCCCCAAUCAUCCCAGACUGACCACUUGUUCGUCGGCACCGAUCGCUACAUGUACUUUACGCUAUCAUGGGACUCCGCAACCAAGCAGUUACGCACAGAAAAGAGUCUCAAGGACCUGUCGGACAAAGCAGCAAGAGAGGCACAACUCGGAGAACGAUGCAACAUCGACCCGACACGAAGGUACAUGACGAUCGAGAUCUACGAAGGAAUCGUUUCCGUCAUCCCCAUCGCACACGAAUCAAAGCGCAAGUCAACAACCACCUCUCAGCUAGGAGACAUCGGCGAGCCCGCCUCGGUCCGCAUACCCGAACUCAACGUACGAUCAUCCACCUUCUUGCACCGGAGGAGUGAAAAGGCGAAGCCACAAUUGGCCCUGCUCUACGAGGAUUCUGUGGGAAAAGUUCGCCUGAAGGUCCGCGACCUAGACUACUCUCCAGCCUUGAAGUCCAACGAAGCUGGCUCAGCUGAACUUGAGAAUGAGCAAGAUGCAGACGAAGAGCUUGAUCUGGGUGCCAGCCACCUCAUACCUCUGCCUCGCCCGGCCUAUGGUGUACUCAUACUGGGAGAGACGACCAUUUCAUACUGCGAAGAAUUCGACGGCAGAAUGCGCAAGACUGCAAAAAGCGAGCCCCUCAAAGAAGCCACCAUCUUUGUCGCCUGGACUCAAAUCGACGAUCAGCGCUUCGUCCUUGCUGACGAGUACGGUAAGCUGUACUUGCUCAUGAUUACUUUGAACAGCAAGCAGGAUCUCGAGGGCUGGAAACUGGAUGUCAUCGGCGAAACGUCACGGGCUUCGACUCUGGUAUACCUGGACGGAGGCCGCAUUUUUGUAGGCUCGCAUCAAGGCAACUCUCAACUCAUCCAGAUCACUCCCGGCUCCAUCGAAAUCCUACAGGCUUUCGCCAACAUUGCGCCCAUCCUCGAUUUUACAGUCAUGGACAUGGGAAAUCGUUCUUCCGAGGCUCAAGUCAACGAGUAUUCAUCUGGACAGGCUCGCAUCGUCACUGGUAGUGGUGCAUUCAAGGAUGGUAGUUUACGCAGUGUCCGAAGCGGUGUCGGCCUUGAAGACCUUGGUUCUAUUGGCGAGAUGGAGAACAUUACUGAGGUCUUCAGUCUGAAAUCCAACCCGUCACUCGAGUUCGUGGACACACUGCUUGUGUCUUUCAUCUCAAACACCCGAGUGUUCAACUUCUCAUCUGACGGUGAUGUCGAGGAAGUCGACAACUUUAAGGGUAUCGAUCUGUCACAAAGCACUCUAUUCGCCUCCAAUCUUUCCAACGGCAGAAUCCUACAAAUCACCGCCUCCGCCGUCCACAUUGUUGAUCCUGAGAGUGGUAUGAGUCUGGCCAGCUGGUCGCCGGAGGGCGAUGCGUCAAUCGCAGCUGCUUCGACAGCAGACAACAAGAUUUUGAUUUCUGUCAGCGGCGCUGGUCUUACCAUGCUCGACGUCGCGAGCGACAACGUCAAAGUAACGGCAUCGAGAACAUUUGAUGCGGGCUCACAAGUUGCCUGUAUCUCUCUAUCACCCACGUUACGCAAUACAUGUGUCGUCGGCUUCUGGCAAGAUGCAAGUAUAUCGUUGCUCGACGCUUCUUCACUAGAAACAAUCCACUCAGAGACGAUUGAUGAAGACAGCAUAGCAGUACCCCGUUCGUUACUCGUCACUCCGAUUCUGGAAGGCGCAUUACCAACUCUCUUCAUCGGCAUGGCAGAUGGUAAUGUCGUAACAUAUUUCAUCGAUCCCAGUACCAAUACUCUAUCGUCCAAGAAGAACAUAAUCCUCGGCACACAACAGGCUAGCUUCAAAGCCUUGCCAAAGGGCGAUGGGUUGAACACGGUCUUUGCCAUCUGCGAGCAUCCGAGUCUGAUCUAUGGAUCAGAGGGCCGCAUCGUUUAUUCCGCAAUCACAGCAGAAGAUGCGACAUGUGUAUCUCCUUUCGAUACCGAGGCUUUCCCAAAUGCCAUCGCAAUCGCCACGGCCAAUGAACUCAAGCUUGCUAUCGUGGACGAGGAGAGAACGACACAUGUACAGACGCUGCCCGUCAAUGAGACCGUGCGCAGGAUCGCAUACUCUACCGACCUACGAGCCUUUGGUCUGGGCACGAUCAAGCGCACCAUCAAAGACAGCUUCGAACAUAUCGAGAGUCAUUUCAAGCUGGUGGACGAAGUUGCAUUCCAAGAAUUGCACACUUUUGCGCUGAAUCAGGAGGAAUUAGUCGAGAGCUGCAUUCGUGCGAAGCUAGAUGACGGCUCGGGUGACCUGGUAGAGCGAUUCGUCGUGGGCACGAGUUACAUCGAGGAAGACGUUGGUGACGCACCGAGGGGCCGUAUCUUGGUCUUCGAGGUUACAGACGACAGACACCUCAAGCUUGUCGCAGAGCAUAAAGUCAAGGGAGCAUGCCGGUGCUUAGCGAUUUGUGAGGGUCGCAUUGUGGCCGCUUUGGUCAAGACAGUCGUCAUGUACAACUUCAAGUACGAGACGGCGAGUCGACCAUACCUUGACAAAGUCGCCAGCUACCGAACAUCUACAGCACCCAUCGAUAUCUCAGUCACUGGAGACAAAAUCGUCAUUGCCGAUUUGAUGAAGAGUAUCUCCGUCGUGCAAUACAGACAGGGUGCGGGUGGUCAAGAUGAUACUCUCAGCGAAGUCGCUCGCCACUAUGAUACUACGUGGGGCACAGCAGUGGCCAACAUCUCGCCCAACACCUACCUCGAAAGCGAUGCAGAAGGCAAUCUUCUAGUCCUCAACCAAGACACAAACGGCUUCUCUGAAGAAGACAAGCGUCGCCUGCGUGUACUAUCAGACAUGCAGCUCGGUGAAAUGGUCAACCGUAUACGCCGCAUUGAUGUCCAGCCCACGCCUAACGCCAUCGUCAUCCCCUCCGCUUUCCUUGCCACAGUUGAGGGCGCUAUCUACCUCUUCGCAACCAUCGCACCACAACAUCAAGACACACUCAUGCGUUUGCAGGAAAAUAUGGCUGAAAAAGUUGUGAGCUUGGGCAAUGUACCAUUCAAUCGAUACCGCGCGUACAGGACUUCUGUGCGUGAGAGUGAAGAGCCCAAUCGCUUCGUAGACGGCGAGCUGAUUGAACGCUUCUUGGACUGCGAUGAGCAGUUGCAGGAAGCUAUUGUUCAAGGAUUGAGUGUUGAUGUCGAGGAGGUCAGGAGCAUUGUGGAAGCUUUGAGGAGGUUGCAUUAG